GUACAGAAAGCGAUAAUGAACCUGAUGUCAAGUUGAUAUUUUAAAAAACUACUCCUUUUUUGUCUGAUAUCAGUGGCAUAAUACUUUAAUCAUUUCUAUCAUUCUAUAUAUAUAAUUUAAUUCCAUAUCUCCUUUGUAUAUAGCGUUUGCAUUCCAAGUUUUCUUUACUUUUUCUUCACUCAAUCAGAAAACGAAUUUCCGGCCAACGUACGUACCCCCCAUCCGGCAUGGCUUCCGCGAGUCAUAACGUGGUUCCGACGCCGGAAGCUGAUAAUGACCACGAAGUCAGAAUUUCCGGCAUGGAGCUAGAGAGUUCUGGUAUUAAUGACGACGUUAAUAUUAACGACCGAAUGAUGCAGUCCAAUGUUAGUGUUGGUGGUGGAGGUCUUUUUAUAACGUGGGAGGACUUGUGGGUCACCGUUCCUGACGGAAAAGCUAAAACGAGAAAACCCAUCCUCGGCGGGGUUACCGGGUAUGCCCGUCCCGGUGAACUUCUGGCUAUCAUGGGUCCUUCUGGUUCUGGCAAAUCCACUCUUCUUGAUGCAUUAGCAGGAAGGCUGCAUCCGAACACAAUGCAAAGUGGUGACAUUUUAAUUAAUGGCCGGCGACAACAACUAGCUUAUGGAACAUCGGUAAAUAUUCAUUUACGACUUGUAACUAUUACUAUGUUUAUACUUGACAUUUUGACUGAUUUUCAUCUCUUCCCCCCCCAUAAUCUAUCGAUGAUUGAAUUAGGCCUAUGUGACUCAAGAUGAUGCUUUGAUCACAACCUUAACUGUAAUGGAAGCUGUUUACUAUUCGGCUCAACUCCAGCUCUCAAGUUCCAUGUCCAAAUCACAGAAAAAAGAAAGAGCGGAAAUGGUCAUAAAGGAAUUCGGAUUGCAAGAUGCAAUGAACACCAGAAUUGGAGGAUGGGGAGCAAAAGGCCUCAGCGGUGGCCAAAAGAGAAGAGUUAGCAUUUGCAUUGAGAUUCUUACACGGCCGAAGCUUCUGUUCCUCGAUGAACCGACAAGCGGGCUUGACAGCGCCGCCGCGUACUAUGUAAUGAGCAGAAUUGCGAGACAGAGAAGAGGGAAAACUAUUGUGGCUUCGAUUCAUCAGCCGAGUUCUGAAGUUUUCAACUUGUUUCAGAAUGUCUGCCUUUUGUCUUCUGGGAAGACAGUGUAUUUUGGCCCUGCCAAUGCAGCAAAUGAGUUUUUUGCAGCGAAUGGUUUUCCUUGUCCUACUCUGCAGAAUCCCUCUGAUCAUUUCCUGAAUACUAUUAACAAGGACUUUGAUGAGGAUAUUGAAGAAGGGUCAACAAGGAAAAUGCCGACGGAGGAAGCCAUUAAUAUUCUUGUAAAUUCUUACCAAUCAUCUCAAAGUUACAGAGAGGUGCAGAAGCAGGUUUCUGAAAUUUGUACAAAUGAAACCGAAGUGUUGGAGGGGAACCGAAACAGGGCCAAUUUCAUUGAUCAAUGCCUUGUUCUGACUAGAAGGUCAUCUGUAAACAUGUUUCGUGAUAUUGGCUAUUAUUGGAUGCGUCUGGCUGUCUAUACAGCAAUAGCUUUGGGUCUUGGCACCAUUUUUUACCAUGUUGUUGAUUCUAGUCCCUCUUCAGUUCAGGCUAUUGGUUCGAUGCUAAUGUUCGUGUCAGCAUUCCUAACUUUCAUGGCCAUCGGUGGAUUCCCUUCAUUUGUGGAAGAAAUGAAGGUGUUUCAACGAGAAAGAAUGAACGGCCAUUAUGAUCCAGGCGCUUUCGCCAUCGGCAACCUGCUAUCUGCAUUUCCAUUCUUGUUGCUAGUAUCACUGAUUCCGGGCGCCAUCGCUUAUUUCCUGACCGGGUAUCAAAGGGGGCUUGAUCCUGGAAAAGUAGUCGAUCAUUUCUUCUACUUCGUUGCGCUUCUUUUCGCGUGUAUGAUGUUGGUUGAGAGCCUAAUGAUGGUGAUUGCAAGUCUAGUACCUAAUUUCCUGAUGGGAAUCAUAGUCGGUGCCGGGGUCCAAGGCCUGAUGAUGCUUAGCGGGGGAUUUUUCCGGUUAGCCGACGACUUACCAAAACCAGUUUGGAAAUACCCACUCUACUACAUUGCUUUCCACACAUAUGCAUUCCAAGGUUUGUUCAAGAAUGAAUUCCUAGGCAGGACGUUUCCCAAUUACCCUGGAGCAAAACCUUCAAUAAUCAGUGGUGAAAUGGUCCUGAGAAAUACAUUUCAGAUCAGAUUGGGACACUCAAAGUGGGUGGACCUUGGGAUCUUGUUUGGAAUGGUGAUCAUAUAUCGAUUCCUGUUCUUUGUUAUUGUUAGAGUUGGUGAGAAGGUUAAGCCAAACUCAGGGGCUGCCUUGAUGUCAGCUCAACCUUUAAAGAAGGAUAAGAAAAUUGCUGGAACUGGGAUGACUUCAGCUGGAACUUCCCCUUUGAUUUGAAUACAAAGCAAAAAUUGAGGUCAGGUCGAACUAGUUAGCGUGCUGGUUGAACAGUGAGAUUGUGUUUAUUUUGUUAGUGGUUGCUAGGAUGUUCUUGGGUUGAUAGUGAAAUUAUUUAAAGGAUCAUUUAGCAAAUGGAAUUUUUUUAGAUUCCUCUUUGCCUAGUCUUUUCAAAAAAACUCCUCAUUAUUUAUUAUUAUUAUUAUUAUUAUUAUUAUUAUUAUUAUUAUUUUCAUAUUACAGGAUGUCCAUCGUGAAACUCCUGAAUUCUUUAUUAAUCACCUAUACUUAAUUUUCUUACAUUAUCAAUACAGUUUUUUAUAUACAUUUUCAACAUGACACAACAUUCAAGAAAACGUUCCAAACAAAUGUGCCAAUGCCCAUUUCUUGUAGGAUUUUGUAUUUUGGGAUUUUUGAGAUUAGAAAAAAACGUCAAAUCAAAAUGUAUAGUAGGAUAUGGGGG